AUGGAAGUUAGUAAAGAAAAUGAGAUUUUCUUUAAUUCUGAUAUAAAAUUAUCAAUGGAUUGUGAUUUUUCAAUUAAUAAUAUGAAUCAUUUUACUAGACAUAAUGAAUCUAUACUAGAUUUAUCAUUGACACCGAAUUCAAAGGAAACUUAUUCGCAAUAUUGUAAAAAAGAUUCACAUUUAUCCUAUGAAUCAACUGAUUGUGCUACAAUGUAUACAGAUACCGCAAAUAUUAAAGAGUAUUUUUCAGUUGAUAGAACUUUUGAAAAUAUUUUUGGAGAUAAAACUAAUAAUAAUGAGAGCACACUAAUGAAUUCUGGGAAUUAUAUUCCAAAUAUUCCAACUCCUGACCAAUUAUUAACAUUAAAUGAAGAAGCUUCUUCUUACAAUUUAAACGGUCAAAUAAAUUUUGUAAAUUUAUUUCGUCAAACAUGGCAUUAUUAUCAACAAUAUUUAAUACAACCAAAUUAUUAUUCAUUUCAUACAAUUCAUCUACCUACAGAUGAUUAUCAGUAUUAUGUAAAUAAUAGUUAUAAUAAUAAUAAUAAUCAACCCAUAUCUACUAAUUCACAAUUAUUAAAUACAUCACUGUCACAUUACAAUAUUACACAUUGUCAUAAUACAGAUUGUAAAAGUCCAACAGAAUUAUCAGUAAAUUCAAUACCAGAUAGUAUGGAAAAUAAUGAAUCCAUGUUAAAUUAUUCCAAACCUGUACAGAGUACAAAUAAAACUGAUCGAAUAACUUCUGAUGAUUUUGAAUUGCCAGGUGAUAAACCACGUCAAUAUCGUAAAGCUAGAGCUUAUUUUCAUCCAAAACAAAUGAAUUGUUUAGAAUCAUUUUUUCAAAAAAAUCCUUAUUUAUCAACAAGAGAUCGUGAAUAUUUAUCGAAAAAAUUAAAUCUUUCAGAAGAUAGAAUUCGAACAUGGUUUCAGAAUAGACGAAUGAGAGAAAAACGUAAACCUGGAAUAAAUUAUGAUUCUGAUCAUUCAUCAGUGAACUCUUUUGUAAAAAUAAAUUAUUCAUGA